AUGAAACUUACCAACAUAACUGCACUACUUAUUGGUGCUUAUUUGUCAACAACCAAUGCCGCUUUAAUUUUGCCAGACACUCUCAGAGACUCGAUGCAGAAUCCCUUGAAGUUAAAGGAUUCCAUUGGCGAGAAUGUCGUUGGCAAGGCAACGACUUUCUUGGAGAAGGCGGCCGAUAUCACCGGCCAAAACCUCAACGACUUGGAUGAUAAUAUCAAGCAAGUUUGGGCCGAGAUGGAAUUCAAGUUCCCCAAUACCAUCAAACAAUUCCAAAUGAGUUCGGAGCCACAGUUCAAGAUCUCCAAAAGGCCUGCUGAGUUUUGGGACUUUUUAGUUGAAAACAAGGAGAAACUCACUGACUAUAAAUUGAGGGUAAAGAAAACAGAACCUGGAGAAUUAGGUAUUGACCAUACCAAACAGUACUCUGGAUAUUUGGAUGUUGAAAGUGAAGACAAACACUUUUUCUAUUGGUUCUUUGAAUCUAGAAAUGACCCAAAGAAUGAUCCUGUUGUUCUUUGGCUGAACGGCGGUCCAGGUUGUUCUUCCUUAACUGGGUUGUUCUUUGAAUUAGGUUCGUCUGCAAUCGAUGAAAAUUUGAAUCCUGUUUACAACCCUUACUCUUGGAAUAGUAACGCCUCUGUGAUUUUCCUUGAUCAACCAGUUAAUGUAGGUUACUCCUACUCUUCAGCUUCAGUAUCAGAUACAGUGGCUGCAGGGAAAGACGUUUACGCCUUCCUUGAGCUUUUCUUCCAACAAUUUCCCGAAUAUAACGGCCUACCAUUCCAUAUUGCCGCCGAAUCUUAUGGUGGUCAUUAUGUUCCUGUCUUUGCAUCAGAGAUUUUGUCACAUGCAGACAGAUCAUUUGACUUAACUUCUGUUUUGAUUGGUAACGGUCUAACCGAUCCUUUAACUCAAUAUCCAGAAUAUGAAAAGAUGGCAUGUACUGAAGAAUCUGGAUACAAGCCUGUCCUAGAUGAAACAGAAUGUGAAGGCAUGCUCGCUAAUUUGCCAAGGUGCUUGUCAUUUAUCGAAUCAUGUUAUGAGUCUGAGUCCGUAUUCUCUUGUGUUCCUGCUUCCAUUUACUGUAACAAUGGUCAGAUUGGACCUUAUCAAAAGACCGGAAGAAAUGUCUAUGAUGUCCGGAAGAUGUGCGAAGGAUCUUCCUUAUGUUAUAAAGGCUUGGAAUAUAUUGACCAAUACUUAAAUCAAGACUUUGUUAAAGAAAAGUUAGGUGCUGAAGUUGAGACCUAUGAAUCAUGUAAUUUCGACGUUAACAGAAACUUUUUAUUUGCUGGAGAUUGGAUGAAACCAUACCAUAAGAACGUAAUUGAUUUACUUGAAAAGGAGAUACCAGUCUUAAUCUAUGCUGGAGAUAAGGAUUUUAUCUGCAAUUGGUUGGGAAAUAAGGCAUGGACUAACGAAUUGGUAUGGUCUGGAAAGGAAGACUUCCAGGAUGCAAAAAUCAAGAAAUUGUUCUCCGAUAGUGGCAAAACUCAAAUUGGUGAGGUCAAGAAUUUCGAACACUUUACAUUUGCGAGAAUGUUUGAUGGUGGUCAUAUGGUUCCUUAUGAUCAACCAGAAGCUUCAUUGACCAUGUUCAACAGAUGGAUUUCAGGUGAUUAUGCAUUAGGCACAAAAUAA